AUGCCUCCGCGCUCGCCCUAUAGACAACCACGCAUACGAAAGUCCCGAGGCCGCGGCCUGCGGACGACGAAUGGAUGCAUAACGUGUCGAAAACGGCAUCUGAAGUGUGAUGAGACCAAACCGAUAUGCGGACCUUGUGCAAAAAAUGAUAAAAUAUGUGAAUACGCCACUUUGGGCCGUCGCAGCACCAACGUCCCGGCCUCUGACGGGGCCAUUAGUGAUGCUGUCCCCGCGCCAACUUCGCAGCAGACAGCGUCUCCAGAGAUUAAUGAUCAUCCAUCAAGUGGUGUGAUCCCAGAUCCUGCGCCCAAUGAACCUCUUCAAACCACUGACUUGUCCUGGACUUGCUCUGAGCCGGAUGCUAACCGCCCCCCGCCAGCGCUAUUAGACCACCUGUCUGCGGAUGCCCUAGCUGCGAACCAAAGUCCGAUAGCCCUGCAAAAUACCUACCUGUCACCCUCCAAUGCAUCUUUUGCGGCGGUGCGAUGGCUCGGGUUACUUGCAAGUGACGCUGCCAGGGACAGCCCACAGCUGGCGACUAUCCCCAAUUCCUACGCGAACCAAAAUCCUCCGUCUGGUCACUUUAGUGCUAAUGGUCUGAUACAACGCAGCUCGCUGCAAUAUGCGACCCAGGUGCUGGAAAGCCCUCCUGCCAGUAACGCGAGUCAUGACCAGACAGACUCCAGUGCCCCGGGAGACGUUACGCUUAGGGAGAAACGGAUUUGGCAGUCACGGGGGCCAAUAGAGCUAUUAGAGGCUGAGCAGACUCUGUUUGAAUAUUUCGUGCAUCAAAUCGAUCUUUUUGACCCCACAAGUCAGUUCUCUACAUUUGUUGCACAUCUAGCGAUACACAAUGCUGGGCUUAUGAAUGCUAUACUCGCUCUUGCAUCCCGGCAUCUUGCAUUAAAUACUUGGCUAGAUAAAGAUAAUAUGCCAAAUAAGGAGGAAGCAGCUCUUCAAUGUUAUUAUCAGACUCUUUACUAUGUGCAAAGAGCCAUGCAAUACCCCAGCUACCAGACAAGUCUGGAGCUCCUUGCAACGACACUCAUCAUUUCCGCCUACGAAAUGCUUGACAAUUCCACCAACGACUGGGAACGGCACCUUGAAGGAGUCUUCCUGAUCCAGAGGUCCCAGACCAUCCAUGGAGAAUCCGGUGGACUGCAUUCAGCCGUGUGGUGGGCAUGGCUCUGCCAGGACAUCUGGGCCGCUUUUCGAGAGAAACGCAAGACCUUUACAUUCUGGGUGCCACAGAAACCACUUUCUGUACUAUCACCGCAUGAACUCGCUACGCGCGCAAUCUACAUUACCGCAAAGGUACUUAGCUAUUGUGCUGACGCCACAACCGAAGAAAACAUCCAGGGUCAAAUUCAUGAGGCAACCCGUCUUCGCACCAUGUUGGAUGAUUGGCGAAAACAUCUGACUAUCGAGUUUUUACCAUUGCCUCUCGGUUCGCGUGAACAAUCAUCUUGUUUUCGACCAAUCUGGAUCCGCCCUCCUGCAUUUGCUGUGGCGGUUCAGUUCUUCAGUGUCUCACACAUCCUCUUACUUGCUCACGAGCCCAGCAUGGGAGGGCUUGACCAGUAUCUCGGACGACAGAGUGUAAUAAGGCGAUGUGUGGAGAAUAUAUGUGGCAUUGCUAAGACUUUAAAAGACGCCGCUUCUAGCUUGAUGUCAUCGCAGGCUUUGUAUAUUGCGGGAAUCUUUACGCAAGAGAAUCAUGCCCGAGAAGCUAUCUUGGAGUUGCUGGAGUCCUGUCGAGAGCGAACUGGCUGGCCAGUUAAAUCUUUGGGGAUUGAGCUACAGCAGCUUUGGGAAAGCAUUGAGCCUGCCAAAGCCGCAGCAGCCGCAAGAGUGUCUGUGUAG